CGCCUGUGCAAAUCUCGUCGUGAACACGCAUCUGCCUUCUCCGUGUCAAGUGAGUGUCUUCUAAAGGAAAUGUAGUAUAUAUACACCAUGUGAAAAUAAGUCCAACACGGCACCAUAACGUAGGCAUUCCCUUCAAAUAUUUGUUUUACCCCUAAACUAAAAUUGGACAGCAAAUAAUCUAUUGAUGAGGAGCAUGCUAGCCAGUUAGCUUGCUACCUAACAGCCAUGACAUGUCACCAUGUGUACCUGCUCUCACUGUCGCUCAAAGAAACAAGGCCCAAAACGAAUGCGUUACGUUGCUGCAUACCUGCUCUCUGCCCUUGGUGGUAAUGCCAGCCCACAGGCUGCGGACAUCAAGAAGAUCCUGGAAAGUGUUGGCAUUGAGGCUGACAACACACGCAUGGAGAAAGUUGUCACUGAACUUGGUGGCAAAAAUGUGGAAGAGGUGAUUGCUCAAGGCUAUGGUAAACUGGCCAGUAUGCCAGCAGGUGGUGCUGUGGCAGUGGCCAGCUCAGGUGGAGCCGCUACUGCUGGAGCAGCUGCCCCCGCUGCAGCUGAGGAGAAGAAGGAAGAGAAGGAGGAGUCUGAAGAGGGAUCUGAUGACGACAUGGGAUUCGGCCUGUUCGACUAAACUUGUUCAAAAUCUGAAAUAAACUUGUAAAAAAGGAAAA